AUGGUUCUCGCAGUAUCAACCGAACAAUACGGGCAGGCAGCUGCUGAGAGAAAGAAGGUAGUUAAAAGGCUUGGUCGUUACAAGGCGCGAGCUUCAUCAGCACGCGCGGUUCCAGGCAGCUAUGCGCAACUCGUGCCGUACUUAGUGAACCACCCGGAAUUUUUCAGCAUAGCCGAAUCUAGCGACGAGGGAGAUAAUCAAGAUGAAGACGAGAAAGUCAGGGGGCUGGCCAUGAAGGGUACUCCAGCUGUUCCUGUGCCCGUCGCUAGACGUGCCUCCCUGGCGAUAGGACGUAACGCCGGAGAAGGCGCUACGGCUUUCCUGGCGACCGAGUUCUCCACGGACCGGGCAAUUGUCGAGGACAAUACAUCGGAUAACCCUGAGGUGUGUAAAGAGGGUAGUGAAGACGACGUAGAAACCUUAGGAAUAGAACUCGAAUUUCUCCUUGCGAUGUGUGUACGUCAAAAAGCAGGCGAGCAGAAACCGGAUCCCCACCCAGACGAUCCGCGUUUUUUAUCGUCUAGGUUCUAUACCAAAGAUUUUGAGGACGGUGACAGACGCCAAAUAAAUGUAAAGAAGAUGAGGCGUUAUGCUAUAAGGGUACUUACACAGACGUUGAGGCAAAAUGGCAUAUACGCAAUCGAGGCCAUUCAGUACGCCGAUCUGAUGGCGCUUGACCCGAUGGGAACAUAUCUGUUCGGGAGAUCGAAAUGGGGAAAGCUCUUCGGGCUAUUUUACACGCAAGUACCGAAAUUCGACGGGAGUCGGACCCGCGCUGGAAACCAAGAGGUUGGGAAUGCGAUACUUCGUCGUUUUUUUCAGUGGGCCAACUACAUUAGGCGCGACGUAAAAAGAAUCACCGAACCAGACUGUCAUAUUGGCCGCCAGAGGGUAGAGGAAUUGCUUCAAGAAGGUGGUUGGACCCAACCGAAGCCCAGGGCAGUGGCGGCUGCGCAUUUCGAGACCCGACUUCGCGCUACAGUGGAGAUGCUUAGGAGACAAUACAACAGUGACCUGGCAUCUAUAGAAGACCCUAAUUACGUCAAGAUAGAUGGUUUGAAGGCGAUGUACAGAGCAUGGUCUGUCACUGAAGACGUUUCAGUAGAUGGGAACGGUAUGAGGGUUAGUCGGUACAACAUACCUCCUGACCGACCUAGAAACCAGGCGUUCGAUACGUAUCGUUGGUUCGGUGCAGAAGUAGUAAGCCCAGUUCUGCCAGCUCAGAGUCCCGCAACACCUGCUUCCAUUGAGAAGGUUUGUGGAAUCCUUCGAGACAACUUCCGUAUCCAUAAGCCUAUGGAAGUAUCGACAGGAGUGCAUGUACAUCUUGGUCACAAGAUCGGGUGGAAUCUGCAGCAGAUCAAGAGAUUCGUCACGUUAUGGUAUUUCGCAGAGGAUGCCCUCAUAUACGCACACAGAAAGGACCGAGCCGCGAUGGAAAGAUGGUGCGCGAAGGUGGGAGAAAAAACUCGGUUGGCACAGGCCCUCUUUGAUCCAAACCCAGAAACACGAAUGCGGAUGAGUGAUUACCUACCCAAGGUAGCCCGCAAAACGGCAAAACGCAACCUGCAAGUUAUGGAUGAGCAUAUAGACUUGGAACUCAUUGGUGAUAAGCGUACCGAGUUCGUUGAAUCCGUAUGGGAAUAUACAUCAAUCGAUGACUUGGUAGCUGGUAUGGUUGGAGGUAUAUUAUACAGUGAGAACUCGACUCUUGUUUAUCGUACGACGGCGCGUAUACGCAUAGUCGGUGACAAGGUAUCUGGUCGCGCGACAAAUAUCUUUCCGAAUACUAUAGAGAUUAGGACUAUGCAGGGUACACUCGAUGCCACUCAUAUUAACCACUGGAUUAUUAUUCUGAAUCGUAUCAUGUAUUACGUACGUCGCGCUCCGACUGCCGAAUUCAAGAAAACGAUGGACAAUAUCACCAAGGCGUGCACCGGCAGAACCGGCCUUCCGUCAUUAUUAGUAUAUCUCGAAGUUCCGAUGGACACGAUUAAGUAUUUCCUGGACUUCUCAAGAAGGUAUUAUGAUCAAGAAACAGAGGCAUCCUGGUACACAUAUCCCGAUCUUGAUAAAGUAAAUUGGGACAAUCCAUUCAUGGCUCCGGGAAGUGGUCCUACUCACGGAGACGAAACAGUAACGGGUAGGGGACGUGCGUUUGAUAGGGCUAUAGAUGCGAAGAAGUUUAAUAUAUAG